UUGGCAUCCGUCUUGUUAAGUGACAGGCGAAGAAAGGUGUGCGCCCACCUCUAUUAUCUUGACUCUGCCAUCUAAUACACGACGAGAAUUACUUCUCGGGUGAUUCUCGUAGUAUGGUGCAUGGUGUCACAACUUUCCCUCUCUCAUAGCAACAGGCCUUUUUAUCUCUCCUCCCAGACUGGCGCGGGGGAACCUCUGAAGCGGAGCGAGUGCGUUCUCGUGGCCUUGUCGCGCUCACUCCUCACACACUGGCGGCCGAGAGCAGUGGCCGCAGCGGGCGCGACUCAACUCCUCACGUUAGUAGUUUAGCAACGACUUGAAGCGGCUGUGCUUUUUAAAAAUAGCAGAUUCGGAUUGUCGGGGCCGACCACCACGUACGAAUGAGAAAAUGGAGUGGCUCCGUAAUAAGAGAAGACAGAGGAGAGCGGGCGUCUACAAAACAGCAGAUUUAGAGAGUAUAUCGGAAAGACGGACGCGAUGGAGAUCUGUUCGAGUAACUUACUUCACUAUGUUCCUGAUGACCCUGGGCUUUAGCAUCGUGCUCACUGGGAUCUGGCCAUAUUUAGACACAUUAGACCCUGAUGCAGGUAAAAGCUUCCUCGGCUUUGUCGUGGCGGCGAACCCGCUGGCACAGAUGAUUGUUUCGCCCCUGUUCGGCUACUGGGCGAAUAAAAUUGGCUCUGUGCGGGCUCCGCUGAUCACUUCUGUGGCUCUGUUUACCAUAUCGAGCGUAACGUAUUCGCUACUCGAGCUCUUCCCUAGCAGCACAGUCAAGUACUGGAUGCUAGCAACCAGGUUUUUUGUUGGCGCCAGUUCUGCUAACAUUGCCGUAAUUCGAUCCUACUUAUCUUCGGCCACAACGGUCAGAGAGCGAACUGGGGCGGUCAGCAUGAUGUCGCUGGCCCAAGUUUUGGGAUUUAUUUGCGGUCCAGCCAUACAGACUGCUGUUGCUCCUUUAGGAGACGAGGGCAUUGGCCUCUUUGGUGGCAAAAUCCACCUCAACAUGUACACUGCCACUGGCUGGGUCAACGUCUUGCUGGGCGCCAUCAAUUGCCUUUGCUUCAUGCCCUUCUGCUUCACAGAGAUGCCGAUAUCUGCCAAGGAGGCGCAGAGAAGGCAGGGAGCUGCGACAGCGGAGGAAACGUGGCUUGGCACAAAACCAGACUACAUGGCGACAUGGAGCUUGAUUCUCGCAUUUUUCAUCCUCUCUUUCAACUUUGUCCUUCUUGAAACACUCGGGCAGCCUUUAGUCAUGGAUCAGUUUGCGUGGACCAAGGAGCAGGCCGUUAUGAACAUGGGUCUGCUCAUGACUGCCGGAGCCGUGAUCGCUCUAGUCACUUUUGCAGCGAUCAAGCCGUUGACCAAAAAAUUCGACGAGAGAUGUCUGCUACUGUGGGGCGGCUUCAUGUUGAUGGUGGUGGGUCGAAUCAGCCACAUUCCUUGGGGCGAUGCGCCUCCAGUCAUUAAAACAAAAGGUGCGGUCCAAACGUGGGCUUCCUUGUUUGCACACCAUUUUAACUUAAAUUUGUGUUUUACAGAAAUGGUUAUGAACCAGUUGAAUUCGAACUUAACAGAGGUUGUCGGCUGUCCCGUCGACGAACAGCCGUGGUGUGCAUUCACCCCAGCGAUGACGAUGACCCAACUACUUUUGGGUUACUUCCUCACCUCAAUAGGCUAUCCUAUUGGAAUUACUGUGAUACAAACGCUCUUUUCAAAAAUCCUCGGACCGAGGCCCCAGGGUGUUUGGCAGGGAUUGUUGACAGGUUCCGGGUGCUUGUCGCGGGUCUUGGGCCCAAUUUUCUUGAGUUACGUGUACGUCAACCUAGGUGUUGUGUGGACGUUUUCGCUCACGACGGUCAUGAUGGCGGUGUGUUGCGUCUGGAUGGGACUUGUCUACAAAAGACUGACUCCCCCGCAGCUGACGAGCACCCCUGUUCCUCUAACGAGCGACGUUUCAAAGCUGCCAAGGACGAUCGUCAUUGGCAAGGCAAGCGGUGCCAGCCGGGCGAACACCAAAGACGGAAGUAAUGAAGAGCGGCAGACGCUCCAGUGAGAAUAGAGACUCAUAUUAUUUGUCGUGUGUCAAUAGUCGGUGCCAUGCAAAUAACCAUUUGUAACUGAAAGAUUUUCUUUUGAAAAUAUUUUUAACAGCAAAAUAAAACAAAAAUCCUUUGCAUAUCA